AAUCUUUAACUUUAAAAAAAGUUUUAGAUGAUAUAACUUUUGAUAUUAAAUCAAUUCAAAAUUUAGCUUUAUCAAUUCCAAAAACUUUAAUUAAUUUUGGUAUUGGAUUUAAAAUGCCUCCACAAACUCUUGAUUUAUUUCUUAAAAAUUGUCGAGCUGAAUUAGUUGGAUUGGAUUUAUAUUAUUAUUUUAAUAUGAUUGAUGAUUCAUUUCUUGAAAUUUUUGUUCAACAUGCUAAAGAAAAUCAAUGUUUUAAACGAUUAAAUUUUGAAGAAGCUCCAUCAACACAUUUAAAAAGUGUAUUGGAUCGACCUUCGAAAUUAUUAGAACACGCCAAGAAAGUUAUCAAUAUUAAAAAAUUCAAAUUUGGUGCAAAUCCUUCUGAUG